AUGUUCAGAAACCAGUAUGACAAUGAUGUUACUGUCUGGAGCCCACAGGGUAGGAUACAUCAGCUGGAGUACGCCAUGGAGGCAGUCAAGCAAGGCUCUGCAUGUGUUGGUCUCAAGUCUAAAACUCAUGCUAUUCUAAUUGCUCUUAAACGUGCUCCAUCAGAGUUGUCUGCCCAUCAAAAGAAAAUUAUACCAAUUGAUGACCAUGUGGGUGUUUCCAUAGCUGGUCUUACCGCAGAUGCCAGAUUGUUGUGCAACUUCAUGAGAAAUGAAUGUCUCAACUCCCGCUGGUCCUACAACAAACCCCUGCCCAUCUCCAGACUGGUGUCCAUGGUUGGGAGCAAGUCACAGAUUCCAACACAAAGGUAUGGACGCCGACCUUUUGGUGUUGGCUUACUGGUGGCAGGCUAUGAUGCUUUGGGGCCACACAUCUACCAGACCUGUCCGUCUGCCAACUACUAUGACUGCAAAGCUAUGGCCAUUGGAGCCCGAUCUCAGUCUGCUAAAACCUACCUAGAGAAAAGCCUGGAUGUGUUCUCUGACUGUUCUCUGGAUGAACUGGUGAAACAUGGUUUGAGAGCUUUGAGGGACACACUGCCACAGGAAGUAGAUCUGACAUCAAAGAACUGCUCCAUUGGAAUAGCAGCCAAGGACACAAAGUUUGCCAUCCUAGACGAUGAUGAAGUUUCACCAUAUCUAACCCUGAUUGAAGGUGAAGAGAGGAGUGUACGACAAGCCCCGGAGGAACCACAACAAUCCAUGGAGGCAGAUGAUCAGUCGGCUGCUGCUGCCCAACCAGAACCAGUUCCAGCUGAUGCUGAACCAGUUGACGAAUCAAUGGACCUCUAA